AUGAAUGUUUCCAACGUACUUGAAUCUUUUUUGCAUACUUUAAAUGGGAUGGGAGAAUUCUUGGAGAAAGUUUCCGGCAUAAAAUGGUCCAACAUACGUAACGGAACUUGGUCAAAGUUCGAAAAUGUUAUCAAUGAGUUCCAAGAGUUUCAGCAAAUUUUAUAUGAGUUCUUCAAAAAUGAAGGGAUUGGUGCUUUCAAAAUCAUUUUUAGCAAUUUAGAACAAUCAUGGGAAUUUUUAAUCCUCCUUCUCAUUAAUUUCCUUGUUUUACUCUAUGCCUGUCAUAUUGCUGUUUCUGGAAUUAGGUCAAGGAAGUCUGUCACACUCUUUCCAAUUGUUGCAUUCAUUGUUUAUUUGGUUAUUGCUCCUCAAAAAUUGUCCUUCAUCUCUUCUUUUGAAAACUUCAUUGAAAACCUGUUGAAGGAAAAGUAUCCCAAACUGGCUGAAGUUGUGCUUGAUUUUGACGUUCCUGUCUUACUCUUUUCAAUGCUCAUUGCAUACUUGCUUAGUUGCUUUUAUUCUUUCUGCAAAUACAUUGUAUUUGUAUAUAUAACCAUGUCUAUUUGGAAUUUGACUAUCCCUAGCAGUGCAGCUAGCUCUCAUUAUCUCUUCUUCUUUCUAAUAUCCACCCUUCUGCUUCUUGCAUACCUCAAAAUGUUCCACAUAGUUGAAAUGAUCUUUCUGUCUAUUCUAUUUGCACUUACGAGUAGUUUUAUAUUCAUUCAGUAUCUUGGUCUAGUCGUUGGCAAAAACGAAGUAUUAGAUCUUGUGAAUAACAUCUUUUCCUUUACUAUCGAUUUUGGUGAUAAGCUUACAUUAAUAUUCGUGACACUAAGCGUACUGAGCUUAUUGUGGCAGUAUUUAGUUUUAAAUGAGAAAACCCCAUCGCAUUAUGGCUUUAGACCAGAAUGCUCAAUAUAA